GUGGAAGAUAAGCUGUCAGUGCUGCGGAACAAACAAACCAUAACACAACGUUACUGGAAAGAGGUUCUUUGAGCAGUGGAUUUCUUCUGAUUAGUAAAGGCAGUGAUACCACGAGGUAGUCACAUGAGUGAAAAGGAUGAGGCAUAAACAACAAAGGGGCAGCUUGAGGAGAGAUCCGCUGCACAGUGUCUGACACCAGGAAGGGGUCUGCUGCUUGUAAAGGCCCUGCACAAGCAGCCCCCUGUGUCCCCCUUAACUGAACAUAUGCAAUGAACAGUACUACUCAGCCCCCUGCCAUCAUAGAUGGGGAUGUGGCCGUCAGCUAUGUGUUGGUGCCAUUUCUCCUCAUCACCAUCGCAGGAAUAGCUGCAGCUGUGGUCAUGUAUAUACGUAAGAAAAGAAGAAUUGACAGACUCCGUCAUCAGCUGUUACCAGUUUACACAUAUGAUCCAUCAGAAGAGCUGAAUGAAGCUGAACAAGAAAUGUUGUGGAGAGAAGAAGACACAAGGGUUGUACAAGGUUGGGCCAGAAGUUAUCAACAGCGUCGCCCUCUUCUGACCAAAGAUGUCAAUGCAUGAUGGUAAUAAAACCAUAACAUACAGUAGAACAUUGAGAGUGGAGACGACCUUUAGCUGCAGACAUCAGUCACGUUUGAUGAGUUGUUUUUUUGUUUUUUUUUUGCUGCCAUCUUCUGUUAUCUCUGAGUACAUCAGCAACAGUCAGCAUUUUUGUUUUUCCUGUGCAAUGUAUGGACUCAGUGGCUGUUCAUUUGUGAGGUUCUGAUGCCAAUCCUGUGUGCCUAAACUUAUUUAUUGGAAAUUAUUUAUUCAGACAUUUUUUUUAUUGUGGUAUUCAGUGACACAUCUCACUUAAGAAAGGUGGAACCUUUCUAAAGAUACAGGCUCCUGUAGGUUUACUUUGUUUACAUUAUAUAAUGUUGAUGUGGGCAACAUGCGGCAAGCAGUUAUGUUCCUGUGGGUUGCAGUGGGCAUUCACACCGACUAUGAUUUAGGGGCUGUGUUCAAGAUGUGGUAUGAGUAUAAAUGCUGUGCACUAGAUAAAAAUCAUUACGCCUGCUGUGAGAAGGUUAGUGAACUAGAUCGCUUGUUGUGUGGAGGGUAUUUGCAGUGCAUUACAACAUAAUACAUAUACAAAAUAAGUCUUCUUUGAUUAAGUACUGUUUGAAAAGAAUGAAAAUAAGCUGUCAGGAUUAGGUUGGGUUUGGUGAACUUUAUUUCAGUUUCAAAUUGACUCAAAAGAAUGAACACGCCCUCUUUGGUUUUAAUUUGUUCAGAAUUUAAGUAGCUGCUACACAAUCCGGAUCUUUUUGUGGUUUAGCCAAAUCCUAUGACUCCUAUCAAUGGUAUGAAAAGCCAGAUAUGGAAGUAAAUAAUACCAACAUCCUCUCAUCCCCAAAAUGAGCUGUGACUAGUGCCCUAAAUAUGUCCUGUCUGCAAGGCAUGGCACCAGCACAAACUUACCUCCAGCUGAAGAAUCUAUUCAGAUGAAUGCCAGAGGUCUGACUGUAUCAAGCACUGGACAAACUUCUUCUUUUUUUUUGUGUGUUAAUGAAUUGAAUCCUUUCCUGACCGUUAUUUGCCUUUUGCAUUUGUGAAUGUAAACUACAUACACUAUAACUGUUAAACUGUCCUUGAAGGUGGACACAAGUUUAACAAGUCAUAUAUUGUAGUGGUUGAGUAUAGAAAUGUCUCUGACAGCUAAUACUCAAACUUUUGACAUUAUCAGGUAUGACAUAUAGAGGUGCUUCAGAGUGAGUGUAAGCUUUUACAUACAAGUUGUUUUCAGUGGUCAGCGAGGACCUUGAAACAUCUUUAUCCCCAUGCACAUGCUGGGCUCCACCAGUCAUCUUUACAUCUCACUUUUCAUUUUCUAUGCAUUGUGAGGCUUUUACAUUUUUAUUGUGUGAACAUGAUGGAUUUGCACUGGUCAAACCUAGUGAACUCUUCAUAGAAGGCUCUGAUUUCAGGUUGAACUUGAAAAGUCAAAGAAUCACUGAAGGAAAUUUUAAAUGUGAAUUUGGCAGCACUGUUAUGAAUUUCAUCUUUCAGACUGUUGUACUAUUGUUGCUUUGAGAGAUAAUUGAGAAGGCUAUUGAUUCAAAUA